CAAAGCAACCAACCAACCAAGCAAGCAACCAAUAUAUAUAUAUGUGUAGUGAAUGUUCUUGUGACCACUCCACUCUGGGUAGUCAAUACCAGACUGAAACUGCAGGGUGCGAAAUUCAGAAAUGAGGACAUACAGCCCACACACUACAGAGGAAUUAUGGAUGCGUUUGUACAGAUCAUGCAGCAGGAAGGAGUGGGAGCGUUAUGGAACGGGACGUUUCCCUCCCUGCUGCUGGUGCUCAAUCCAGCUGUGCAGUUCAUGCUCUACGAGGGUCUGAAAAGGCAUCUCCUGAGGGGCGUGAACAGACAGCUGUCCUCGUUGGAGGUGUUUCUUAUUGGAGCCAUUGCUAAAGCCAUAGCAACCACCAUAACCUACCCACUACAGACAGUUCAGUCUGUUCUACGGUUCGGACAGCAUGGCAGGUCUGCAGAUCGGUCCAAACUCCUGAAUAGCCUGAGAUCUGUCAUGUAUCUGCUCAUCAAUAGAGUCAGGAAGUGGGGCAUGCUGGGAUUGUUCAAAGGCCUGGAGGCGAAGCUGCUUCAGACGGUCCUCACUGCCGCACUGAUGUUCUUGCUGUACGAGAAGAUUGCCAACACCACCUUCAGGGUCAUGGGGGUCAAACGCACAGUGACGUCCCACUGAU